AUGGAACUUCAUGAGGCCAAGAUGAAACUACAAGCUCAGCAAAUAAACAAAGAAUCAUCAAAAGAACCGACGUCAAGUGAGAUAUCUUCAAGCGCAAGUGGAAACAUCCAAGCCAGGUUACCCAAGCUUACAAUCACAAAAUUUGAUGGAACAUAUGCUGAUUGGUAUGAGGCGCCGUGUGUUGCAAAAUUCAUACUUUCUUUAACAUACUAUUGAAAGUUUACAACACAUAUUAGAAUAGAAAACAUAGUUUCACAACAUGUGAAAUACAUACAGCAUAUGCUGAAACGUACACAUAUUGUACUGAAAUGCUCAAAGUAAGCACUGAAAAUAACUCUUAAUACGGGUUCUCAGUGUACGCCAUGUGCAAAUUCUCAGUAUACUUUAUGUGCAAAUUCUCAGUGUACGUUAUGUGCAAAAUCUCAGUGUAGUUUACGUGCAAAUUCUCAGUAUACUUUAUGUGCAAAAUUUCAGUAUACUUGAUAUGAAAAUUCUCAGUAUACUUUACGUGCAAAUUCUCAGUGUACGUUAUGUGCAAAAUCUCAGUAUACUUUACGUGCAAAUUCUCAGUGUACGUUAUGUGCAAAAUCUCAGUAUACUUUACGUGCAAAUUCUCAGUGUACGUUAUGUGCAAAAUCUCAGUAUACUUUACGUGAAAAUUCUCAGUGUACGUUACACGCAAAUUCUCAGUGUAGUUUACGUGCAAAUUCUCAGUAUACUUUAUGUGCAAAAUUUCAGUAUACUUGAUGAAAAUUCUCAGUAUACUUUACGUGCAAAUUCUCAGUGUACGUUAUGUGCAAAAUCUCAGUGUAGUUUACGUGCAAAUUCUCAGUAUACUUUAUGUGCAAAAUUUCAGUAUACUUGAUGUGCAAAUUCUCAGUAUACUUUACAUGCAAAUUCUCAGUGUACUUUAUGUGCAAAAUCUCAGUAUACUUUACGUGAAAAUUCUCAGUAUACUUUAUGUGCAAAAUUUCAGUGUACGUUAUGUGCAAAAUCUCAGUAUACUUUAUGUGCAAAUUCUCAGUAUACUCUAUGUGCAAAUUCUCAUUGUACGUUAUGUGCAAAAUUUCAGUGUACGUUAUGUACAAAAUCUCAGUAUACUUUAUGUGCAAAUUAUUUAUGGCUUGAAAAUUGAAAUCAAGAGUGUCAUAUGGUCAUACUGUAUCGAUUAGGUCCCAGUUUACUACGCGGUAAAAUCAAGAUGGCGGUCGACAUGCAAUUUCAGGAUUUAGUCCAUAUUGACGUUGUAGAAUACUUACAAUCUUUAAAGGGCACUUGUCAGGAAGCAGAUAGACUUUGGUAUAACCUUGAUAUGGACGCAAUUGAGCACAUUCACAGAAAACUGCAUGACCAUCUAAGUGUACUCGAGCGCAUUCUUUCUUGUUGUGAAAAUUCCGGGGAGAUGGGAGAGCUAACAAGGUUUAUACACGAGCUUUUUUUAUCCGUAAAUAAUGUCUUCAGGCACUACAAUACCCUGCUUGAGAGACGUGACUUUGUCGCUGGUGAAGAAUAUCCAACUCCAGAUGUGACGAGGGAAGGAGGUAGAGGACGGCCGAGGUGCGCAUUUUAUUUUGUUUUAAUAUAAAAUUAUUCAAACGACCGAUUCGAACCAAGAUCCAUUUCUUAUAAGCCUACUACACUACACCUUUUAUAUAUGUCACCUGUAUCUUCCUAAUUGGUAGUAAAUCCAUUUCAGGAUCACAGGAUGUAGUACUCAACGUACCGCUAUUUACCUUAAUCAAAUCAUCAUAGCCAUAGGCGUUGUAGUCCAUCAUAACCCUUUUAACAGAUCAAGUUGGCUCUGUUUUGGUAACAUCCUUUUCAGAUAGAUUUGAGAAAAGAAGUCUACUUGACUGUACUCCUGUUCGUUAUGUACUUAGGAAAUGGCAAAAAAACUGCAUUAGGGACUGGUCAUUAUUUAUCAGGGGGGUGAGGUGUAAUUCAAAAUUUUAAGGAAUGAUAUUUUGUGACCCUACUUUGCCAUAACCUGGAAAAAUAAUGCCCCCCCCCUCUCUCUUGCUUGUGUCAGCAAAAAUGUACCUACCUACUACUACUAAACCCUGCAUUCAAUAAAUUUUCUAAUUGCAUUUUAAAUUUUCUAAUUUUCUAGUUGUGCUUUAAAUCAAAUACUAGAAUUUAUAUUAUACCAAUACAUACUGUAGUCAUAUAUAAAACUUUAGUUUUUUCAAACUUUUCAUUCUAAGUUUAAAGGAUCAAUUUUUUUCAAUGCAACUCAAACAAAAUGUGAGAAGGCAUUGUAUAAAACAGUUAAUUGAACUAAAACAGCAGACCCCCUCCCUGCCUUCAUAAACUGUCUAAUAUUUUAUGAACCCCCUUUUUCCUGGCUGAAAAAUAUGUGACCUUCCCCCCCUGUUUCCACCUCCCCACCCCUCCUGCUAAAUUAUGACCUUAGCAGGAGGACCAGUCCCUUAAUUUGGAAAAAUGUCUAAAGACUUAUCUUUUCAACUACAGGUAUGACAUAUCCAGAAAUCAACUAGUCCAAUUACAUGCGACAGGCAUGACAUGGACAGAUAUUGCCUCCACAGUUGGUGUCAAUCGAACAACAAUCUAUAGAAGAAGGUUAUCGCUUGGUAUGAACACAAAUCAAGCCUGUACAUUUUCAGAUAUACCUGAUGAGGACCUUGAUGCUAUGCUCACCCAAAUAAUACACCACAGUCCUAAUGCAGGGGAAACGUAUGUUCAAGGGAGCAUAAGAUCAAGAGGAUUACGAGUACAAAGGUGGCGAGUUCGCGAAAGGUUGCAGGUCUGUAGUUUUGUCGUCCAGGUUAUGUAGGUGUCAACUCCCACUGUGAUCAUAGGCACGACUUAAUUAAUGAUUUAGAUAUUUUAUAAUAAGGGUUAGAUAAAGUCACUACCAGAAGUUACCUUGGUAAUUCUUCUUAGCACAACUGCUGACAUAUUUUCGACUGGAUGGUAAUGGUUUUGUAUCCAAUUCCCAUGUAUGCAGAAGGGGGAGGUUGCACAUGGAAUUGACUUAGAAAUACACUGUUACUGUAUUCAAGUUAUUGAAGGCGAAUGUCCGUUCUUGUUUUUCUUUUACUGUUUUAGCAUCGGUUAGCCGAAAUAUUGAGGUUUUAAUUUUUUAUAGAUUUUAGAUCCUGUUGGAAGAGCAUUAAGAAGAACUCGUUUAAAAUGAAGGACGUACAAUGUUGUUCAGCCCAAUUUGUUGUGGUAAAGUAGCAAUCCAUAUAUACGACUGAAAUUUCUCCACAAAAUACCGCUAGCAUACAGAGAAGAUGCGCUUCGAAAUUCAAAAUAAGAAGCGUUUAUGUUCAUGCAUAUAAUUAUCUUCAGCCCAGCCAAUCUGUGCGUGGCUAUUAACUAUCCUUGAAGUGAUUGGCUGAAGUUAAUUAAUUAACAUACUAACAGAUACGUUUCACGCCACGUUGUAUAGCUCGUUUUCACGCACUCGUGUUCAAAUAAGAUACAUUAUAUGAACUGAGCGAACAAAAAAUCUACCAAGACACAGCAAAUAUUAACUGCAUGAACAAGUUGAAGAAAGACCACUUAUUGAAAUAAAUUAUCAAACAAUCGUGAACGAAAAAAUGUUUUGUAGAUUUUCUGGGUGGAUACCAGAUUUUAAGUUGCUAGCUAGUAUCCCGUUGGAAGACGCCGUAACUGUAGCAAUUAACAACCGUUGACAUUUUCAUUAAUCUUUUGAGCUUAAUUUGUCUAAUUAUAUUUCACUUUUUUCUAAGGCAUAUCGAUGGGAACCACAAACUAAUUUCGUGGCUAUUCAUACAUCAUGGCUGCAUAGAUGGUUAUAGCAGAGCCGUCAUCUACGUUAAAUGUUCCAAUAACAACAGGGCAGAAACUGCUUUGGGACUUUUUGAGCAAGGGGUGCAUAGGUUCGGCUUACCAUCAAGAGUCAGGGGUGAUCGUGGUGUAGAGAACGUCGACAUAGCACGCUUCAUGAUUUCUAAUCGUGGUGGUAACAGAGGCAGUUUUAUCGCAGGCCGAAGCGUGCACAACCAGAGAAUCGAAUGGUUGUGGGGCGAAGUAAACAGGAUUGUCAAUUCCCAUUUCAAGAAUCUGUUCACUUUUAUGGAACAUUUUGAAAUUCUUGAUGCAACAAAUGAAGUGCAUUUGUGGGCUUUGCAUUACGUUUAUAUGGACAGGAUUAACCAAAGUUUAUCUGAAUUUGUCUCUCAAUGGAACAAUCACAACCUUAGCACAGUUCAUGGGAGAACUCCGCUUCAGCUGUGGCACGCAGGCAUGAUCCAAAACCGAUAUUCAACACACAGUUUUGGUAUAAUGGACGUACCUGAUGAUUUAGAGGAAUACGGAACUGGUGAUUUCAUCGAAGUGGACUUUUCUGAUCUGGACAACAACGUUGUCGUUCCGGAAAAUGAAUUAAUUGUGACAGAUAUUAUGCUUACUCAGCUGCAAAUACUAGUACAACCAAUGACAGACGAUGGAAACAACGGCAUAAAUCAUUUUAUUAAUGUAGUGGACUUUCUGAGCGCAACUAUUUAA